AAAUCCUCUCGGUUGAAUUUCUCUCUCUCACACACUAUUAAUGGCUUCUCAACCCCCAAAGCUUCCACCAACAAUUGUUUUUUUCUCUAUAAUCUCUUCCCUCAUUGCGUCCCUUUCGCCGCUUUCUCUGGAAACCAAUAUCUAAAUCAAAAAAAUCAUUUUUUUUCUCUCCUUCUUCUUUUCACUACUACACAAGCUAAAAAAGAAAGUAAAAAAAAUCAAUUAUUUUUACUAUACCAUCCUUUGAUUCUUAGUAUAAAAUUGACCCAUUGUUCUAUAUUCUUAGUGGGAACAUGUUCAUUCAUCUUUGAAUGGAAGAGAUUUUGAAAUUCUCAACAGUGAAAAAGCAAAAAAAGUGAUUUUCUUCAACUCACUUUACUUUGUCUUUUUUCUUCUUUUCAUUCUCACAUGGUUUUUGUCUAACCCUUUUUCUUUUCUUUAUUUUUUUCUCUUCUCUUCUCUUUUUGUUUACUUGCAACUUCUUCUACAGUUUCUGUCUUCUGCUGAGAACAAGAAACUUCUCAUCAUACCAACACUUUCUUAUUCUUAAUGUUAUUGUUAAAGGUUAAACCUUUGUUGAAAUUCAUGAAGAAAAAUCAUUCUUUUUGAAGUUUAAACACUACCCUUUUGAUUCUUACACAUGUUUUGUUCUACAAAGAUGUUGAAAUUCAGUUUGUUUUUUUUGAGUAUUUUUGGUUUGGUUCUGGUUUCAGUGUUUUCUGUUGAUGAUCCUGUUUUCAAUGAUGAAAUAAUGGGAUUAAUUGUGUUUAAAGCUGGUUUACAAGAUCCUAAUCAUAAACUAAUUUCAUGGAAUGAAGAUGAUUACACACCUUGUAAUUGGGAAGGUGUGAAAUGUGAUUCUUCAAACAAUAGAGUUAUUUCUAUUGUUCUUGAUGGAUUUUCUCUUUCAGGACACAUUGAUAGAGGUUUAUUGAGAUUACAGUUUCUUCAAACUCUUUCACUUUCUGGUAACAAUUUCACAGGUUUCAUAAACCCUGAUCUUCCUAAACUUGGAAAUUUACAAGUUGUUGACUUUAGUUAUAACAAUCUUAAAGGGUCAAUUCCUGAAGAGUUUUUUCAACAAUGUGGAUCUUUGAAAACUGUUAACUUUGCUAAGAAUAAUCUUACAGGUAAAAUUCCUGAUUCUCUUAGCUUAUGUAACACUUUGACAAAUGUUAACUUUUCUUAUAAUCAAAUUUAUGGAAAUUUGCCAUCUGAGGUUUGGUUUUUGAGAGGUUUACAAUCACUUGAUGUUUCAAAUAAUUUGCUUGAUGGAGAAAUUCCUAAGGGGAUUCAAAACCUUUAUGAUUUGAGGGAAUUGAGUUUGAAGAAAAACCGUUUUAGUGGUCGAAUUCCCGAGGAUAUUGGUGGUUGCAUAGUUUUGAAAUCGCUCGAUUUGAGUGGUAAUUUUCUGUCUGGUGGAAUUCCUCAAUCAAUGAAACAAUUGAAUUCUUGUAAUUCUCUCAUUUUGCAAGGAAAUUCAUUCACAGGUAAUAUUCCUGAUUGGAUUGGAGAGUUGAAAGAUCUAGAAAUAUUGGAUCUUUCUGAAAAUAGAUUUUCGGGUUGGAUUCCAAAGUCAGUAGGGAAUCUUGAAAUGCUGCAAAGAUUGAAUUUUUCGAGGAAUCAGUUAACAGGAAACUUGCCGGAUUCAAUGAUGAAUUGUACUAAGCUUUUGGCUCUUGACAUUAGUCAAAAUCAUUUGGAUGGUUAUCUUCCUUCAUGGAUUUUUAGGAAGGGUAAUUAUCAUGGUCUCGAGGUUUUGGAUUUGUCUUCCAAUGGAUUUUCUGGUGGACUUCCGUCUAAUAUCGGUGGUCUUGGUAGUUUGAAAAUCUUGAAUUUGUCUACCAACUAUUUCUCUGGUUCUAUUCCUGGUGGGAUAGGUGAACUCAAAUCUUUAUACAUUGUUGACUUGAGUGACAAUGCGCUUAAUGGAAGCAUUCCUUUUGAAAUAGAAGGUGCAAUUUCACUCGGUGAAUUGAGGCUACAUAAGAAUUCCCUUGGUGGGAGAAUUCCCGAACAAAUCGCGAAGUGUUCAUCUCUAACAACUUUGGUUCUUUCUCACAACAAGCUUACUGGUUCAAUCCCUGCGGCCAUUGCAAACCUAACCAAUCUUCAGCAUGUAGAUUUGUCGUGGAAUGAGCUCUCUGGUAGUCUACCAAAGGAGCUCACAAAUCUUUCCAAUCUUUUGUCAUUUAAUGUGUCUUACAACCACCUUCAAGGCGAGUUACCGGUUGGUGGGUUCUUCAACACCAUCUCCUCUACAUCUGUUACCGGUAACGCAUUGUUGUGUGGUUCUGUUGUCAAUCACUCCUGUCCGUCGGUUCAUCCGAAACCUAUUGUCUUGAAUCCCAACUCUUCAGCUUCCAACUCCAGCGUUUCCUCAAAAUAUCAUCGACACAAGAUCAUUCUUAGUAUAUCUGCUCUUAUUGCUAUUGGUGCAGCUGCUUUUAUUGCAGUUGGCGUUGUGGCUAUCACUUUCCUAAAUAUGCGCGCCCGUUCUGCAAUGGAACGAUCUGCUGCUCCAUUUGCAUUCUCAGGUGGUGAUGACUAUACAAAUUCUCCGGAGAAUGAUCCGAACUAUGGCAAACUUGUCAUGUUUUCUGGUGAUGCAGACUUUGCUGAUGGAGCUCAUAAUCUCCUUAAUAAAGAGAGUGAAAUAGGCCGUGGUGGAUUUGGAGUUGUUUAUCGCACUUACCUUCGAGACGGGCAUGCUGUUGCAAUCAAGAAGCUGACAGUCUCAAGUUUGAUCAAGUCUCAAGAAGAGUUCGAGAAGGAAGUGAAAAGGUUUGGGAAGAUUCGGCACCAGAAUCUUGUGGCACUCGAAGGUUAUUAUUGGACUUCAUCGUUGCAGCUUCUCAUUUACGAGUACCUAUCAAGUGGUAGCUUGCAUAAGCUUCUGCACGACAAUACCAACAAAAAUGUCUUAUCUUGGCGACAAAGGUUCAAGAUUAUUCUCGGCAUGGCAAAAGGGUUGGCACAUUUGCACGAAACAAACAUUAUCCACUAUAAUCUAAAAUCAACCAAUGUUCUCAUCGACUCUUCCGGCGAGCCAAAGAUCGGUGAUUUCGGCCUGGUGAAGCUCUUACCAAUGCUAGACCAUUGUGUGUUAAGCAGCAAAAUUCAAAGUGCGCUCGGAUACAUGGCUCCUGAGUUUGCUUGCCGCACAGUUAAGAUAACCGAGAAAUGCGACGUGUACGGUUUCGGAAUCCUUAUUUUAGAGAUAGUGACAGGAAAAAGACCUGUGGAAUACAUGGAAGAUGAUGUGGUGGUUCUAUGUGACAUGGUGAGGGGUGCAUUGGAAGAAGGAAAGGUUGAACAAUGUAUCGAUGAAAGACUUUUAGGUAAUUUUGCUGCUGAAGAAGCAAUUCCUGUUAUAAAACUAGGGUUGAUUUGUGCAUCACAAGUUCCAUCAAAUAGGCCUGAUAUGAGUGAGGUUAUCAACAUUUUAGAGUUAAUUCAGUGCCCUUCAGAAGGACAAGAGGAACUAUUAGAAUGAAUUUUGAGAGAAAACAAACAGCACACAUUGAAGUACCUGGUGAAGUAGAAUCCAGUUUAAAAAGUUAUUACAAUAGAAUGUUAUUAAGUCAAUUUUCUUCUUUUUCAACUUAUUGUUCCUUUUUAAGUUGAUUUUUUUUUUCUUUGUUCUUAUUUUUGUUUAUCUUAUGUUUUGUAUCACUGGAUUUUUCUUCACCAGUUAGAUGGCUGAUAUAAAUAUAAUGAUAUAUCUUAAUCAUAA